AUGAAGUCAGAUAACAUUGCAAUGGAGGACCUACCCGACUCCAAAUACUUGAAACAGAGACGAUUAUUAACUCCGUUGAUGUCAAAAAAAGUUCCACCUAUUCCAAGUGAAGAUGAGAGGAAGGCAUACGGGGAAUAUCAUACGAAUCCGAUAUCACGGAUGAUGUUUUGGUGGUUAAAUCCCAUUUUGAAGGUGGGGUAUAGGCGAACAUUAACGGAGAAUGAUCUUUUCUACCUUGAAGACAGACAACGUACAGAGACAUUAUAUGAAAUAUUUCGUGGUUACUUGGAUGAGGAAAUUGCACGUGCAUGGAAAAAAUUUCAAGAAAGCUCAGAUGAUCCAAGAGAGUUCAAGCUUCCGAUCUAUAUUAUCCCUUUAUGUUUAUUUAAGACAAUGAAAUGGGAAUACAGCCGAGGAAUUCUCCAGAAAAUCUUGGGUGAUUGUGCUUCUGCAACGACCCCACUAUUACAGAAAAAACUAAUCAACUUUGUCCAGGUCAAGACUUUCAGUAAUGUCGGAAAUACUGGUCAGGGUGUAGGAUAUGCUAUUGGCGUUUGCUUGAUGAUUUUCUUUCAAGUUUUAAUGUUAACUCAUGCAUUUCACAAUUUCCAAAUUUCGGGUGCAAAGGCAAAAGCUGUUUUGACAAGAUUGCUCUUGGAUAAAUCGUUGACUGUUGAUGCCAGAGGCAACCAUUAUUUUCCAGCAAGUAAGAUUCAAAGCAUGAUUUCUACUGAUUUGAAUAGAAUAGACCUUGCUGUCGGAUUUGCACCAGUGGGGUUUGUUACUAUAUUCCCUAUUAUUAUCUGCAUUGCCUUAUUGAUUUGGAAUGUUGGAGUCUCGGCAUUGGUUGGUAUUGGGGUAUUCAUUGCAAACAUUUUUGUGUUGGGACUUCUUGUAUCAAGUCUAAUGUUAUACAGGGAGAAGGCGAUGGUAUUCACCGACAAAAGAGUCAAUUUGGUUAAGGAACUAUUGAAAAAUUUUAAAAUGAUUAAGUUCUACAGUUGGGAAAACUCUUAUCAGGAUAGAAUUGAAAAUGCAAGGAACAACGAAAUGAAAUAUAUUUUGAGGCUACAAUUGCUAAGAAAUUUUGUGUUUUCGUUAGCUUUUGCGAUGCCUGUUUUGGCAUCAAUGGCUACAUUUUGUACAGCCUUUAAGAUAACUGACGGCAAAAGUGCCGCAUCUGUGUUUUCAUCUCUCUCAUUGUUUGAAGUUUUAUCGCUACAAUUUAUUUUGGCCCCUUUCUCACUAAAUUCUACUGUGGAUAUGAUGGUUUCAGUUAAAAAGAUAAACCAGUUUCUGCAGCAUAAAGAUACCAAUCCAAACGAGUUCAGCGUUGAAAAGUUCAGUGAUAGUACAUUCGCAAUCAAGGUCGAUAAUGCAUCAUUUGAAUGGGAUACGUUUGAGGAUGAAGAGAAAGAUUAUGAAGAGGAAGCUAAAACUAAAGACAACAUUGAAGAUGAAGAUCAUAAUUGUGCUACGGAAACAAUCAAGGGAAAAAUAACAGUUGACUAUAAGAGCGACAGUGACUCAAUUUCUAGUACUUUAACGAAAGGGGUUAAACCUGCAUUUCCUGGACUAAAUAAUAUUAAUCUUGAAAUAGCAAAAGGGGAAUUCAUUGUUGUUACUGGUGCAAUUGGUUCCGGCAAAUCCUCUCUACUUCAGGCCAUUUCUGGGCUAAUGAAGAGAACAUCAGGGGAAGUGUAUGUUGAUGGUGAUUUGUUGUUAUGUGGUUACCCGUGGGUACAAAACUCAACAAUACGAGAGAAUAUACUAUUUGGAUUACCAUUUAAUCAGGAGAGGUAUGACCAAGUCGUGUAUUCAUGCUCGUUGCAGAGUGAUUUUGAUCAAUUUCAAGGAGGUGAUAUGACGGAAGUUGGCGAGAGAGGGAUAACCUUAUCAGGAGGCCAAAAGGCCAGAAUUAAUUUAGCUCGGAGUGUUUAUGCUGAUAAGGAUAUUAUUUUAUUAGACGACGUUCUCAGUGCGGUCGACGCUAAAGUUGGCAAGCAUAUUGUGAAUACAUGCAUCUUAGGAUUAUUGGGAGGUAAAACAAGAAUCAUGGCUACCCACCAACUAAGUUUGAUCGACUCUGCUGAUCGUAUGGUUUUUCUCAAUGGAGAUGGAACUAUUGAUUUUGGUACUAUUCCUGAGCUAAGAAAGAGAAACCAGAAGCUGAUUGAGUUACUACAACAUCAAAGGGAUUCAGGUCAAGAUAAAGAGGAUCUCUCAAAUGAUUUGGAUAUUCAAGGAAGCACAGAUGAGGGUCAGCAAAUUGAGCAUGCAGACGAGCAUAAAGAGAUAGUCAAGAUUAUUGGUGACGAGGAAAAAGCAGUUAAUGCAUUGAGUUUCCAGGUUUAUUAUAACUAUUGUAAGCUUGCAUUUGGUAAGCUUGGAUAUAUUUCGAUGUUGGUAUUCAUUAUUGUUUCUUGUUUGGAGACCUUCACCCAAAUAUUCACCAAUACUUGGUUGUCAUUUUGGAUCGAGGAUAAAUUUGUUAGUAGAUCCAAAAAUUUCUAUAUGGGAAUAUACAUCAUGUUUGCAUUUUUGUAUGCAAUAAUGCUAUGUUUUUUUCUCUUUUUACUGGGAUAUUUUUGUGUAAAGGCAGCAGAGAGACUAAAUAUUAAAGCAUCCAGGAAGAUUCUACAUGUUCCAAUGUCUUUUAUAGACAUAUCACCCAUUGGUAGAGUCUUGAAUCGGUUUACUAAAGAUACAGAUGUAUUAGACAAUGAAUUGUUAGAGCAAUUAAUUCAAUUUUUAAGCCCACUAUUCAACUGUUUUGGUAUUAUCAUAUUGUGCAUUGUUUAUAUACCAUGGUUUGCUAUUGGUGUCCCUAUAAUUCUUGGAUUUUAUUUUAUAAUAGCCAGUUAUUAUCAGGCCAGUGCAAGAGAAAUCAAGAGAUUAGAGGCUGUAAAGAGGUCGUUUGUUUUUGGCCAUUUUCACGAAGUUCUAACAGGGAAAGACACCAUCAAAGCAUAUAAUGCUAUUGAUCGGAUGAAAUUGAAGCUGAACAAAUUGAUUGAUGAACAGAAUGAAGCUUAUUAUCUAACAAUCGCCAAUCAGAGAUGGUUAGGAGCAAAUUUGGCGAUUGUCUCAUUUUCAAUGGUUUUUGUUAUUUCGUUUCUGUGUAUCUUUAGGGUUUUCAACAUAAGUGCAGCAUCCACUGGUUUGCUUUUGACCUACGUCAUAGCACUGACAGAUUCUAUUACCAUGAUUAUGAGAGCAAUGACUCAAGUUGAGAAUGAGUUCAACUCUGUGGAACGGGUCAACCAUUAUGCAUUUGAUCUUAUACAAGAAGCACCAUAUGAAAUACCGGAGAAUGAUCCCGCUGAGGAUUGGCCACAACAUGGCAAAAUUGAAUUCAAAGAUGUGAGUAUGAGAUAUAGACCGGAACUACCAUUUGUUUUGAAAAAUAUCAAUUUGAGUGUUAGAGAACAAGAAAAGAUUGGAUUUUGUGGUAGAACAGGUGCAGGUAAGUCUACAUUUAUGACAUGUCUAUAUAGGAUAACAGAAUACGAAGGCCUUAUAUCAAUCGAUGGUGUUGAUAUUAGCCGAUUAGGGUUGCAUAGACUACGAUCUAAAUUGACCAUUAUACCGCAAGACCCGGUAUUAUUUGUUGGUACCAUUAGGGAGAACCUCGAUCCAUUUACAGAGCAUUCUGAUGAUGAAUUAUGGGAAGCGCUUGCGAUAUCUGGAUUGAUUGACCGGGAAGAUCUAGAAGUCGUCAAGGGACAAGAGAAGAUAGGUGGGAAUGAUAGUGGGAAGUUACACAAGUUCCACCUAGUUCGAAUGGUUGAGGAUGAUGGCAUCAAUUUUUCACUUGGUGAGAGGCAGUUGAUUGCCUUAGCCAGGGCAUUAGUUAGGAAAAGCAAGAUAUUGAUAUUGGAUGAGGCUACAUCGAGUGUUGACUAUGCUACAGACUCUAAAAUCCAGCGAACGAUUGCUAGUGAGUUUAGGGAUUGUACUAUAUUAUGUAUUGCUCAUCGAUUGAACACCAUUUUAGGUUAUGAUAAAAUUGUCGUUAUGGACAAUGGUGAGAUUGUUGAAUUUGAGAAUCCCAAAUUGUUGUUUAUGAGGGAGAAUAGUGUAUUUCGAUCCAUGUGUGAGCAGGCAAACAUCACCAUCAAUGAUUUUGAAUGA